AAAAUUUUAGUGAAAGUAGAACCCUAAAAGUGAGGUAUAAACUUUGCGACAGCAUUCCUACUCUUAAGCUACUAGUCAGAAUCCUUUCUUGUAACCCAAAAAUGGCUUCCAUGAUUUUCUCCGAUUGUUCAACUGCUCGUCUUCUUCCUCUUCGCUGCCACUUUAGCUGUACCGGUCUUUCCUUUUCUCGCCGGGUUUCUCUUCCUCUCACUUCCUCAAGCCUUUUCUUACCUUCUCUCUCCUUCCAACCUCAUGCUUCUUCAACUUUUGUUUCAGCUCCUAUUACAGCUAAUAUGGCAACCGAGAGUUCUGCAAAAAUUAUUGAUGGUAAGGCGGUGGCGAAGCAAAUUAGGGAGGAGAUAGGUGUUGAAAUAGCAAGAAUGAAAGAAGCUACCGGUAUUGUUCCGGGGUUGGCUGUGAUCCUUGUUGGGGAUAGAAAGGACUCUGCAACGUAUGUUCGUAAUAAGAAGAAAGCUUGUGAUGCAGUGGGAAUUAAUUCUUUUGAAGCUCAUUUGCCAGAAGAUACAACAGAGAAGGAAGUGCUCAACUCUAUCUCUAAGUUCAAUGAAGAUCCUUCAGUCCACGGAAUACUUGUUCAGUUACCUCUGCCUUCGCAUAUGAAUGAGGAGAAAAUUUUGAAUGCUGUUGGAAUUGAAAAGGAUGUUGAUGGUUUCCACCCUUUAAACAUUGGCCGUCUUGCAAUGCGGGGCAGGGAACCCUUGUUUGUCCCAUGUACACCCAAAGGAUGUAUUGAGUUGUUGCAUAGAUAUGGAAUUCAAAUAAAAGGGAAAAAGGCAGUUGUGAUUGGCCGCAGCAAUAUAGUUGGGAUGCCGGCUGCUCUUUUGCUGCAGAGGGAAGAUGCUACUGUUACUAUAGUUCAUUCUAGAACAAACAAUCCCGAGGAUAUUGUAAAAGAAGCAGAUAUUAUCAUUUCUGCUGUAGGACAAGUAAACAUGGUUAGGGGUAGCUGGAUCAAGCCUGGUGCUGCUGUCAUUGAUGUUGGGAUCAAUCCAGUUGAGGAUCCAGCAAGUCCUCGAGGAUAUCGUUUAGUUGGAGAUGUUUGCUAUGAAGAGGUUGUCAAGGUUGCUUCCGCUGUUACCCCUGUUCCUGGAGGUGUUGGUCCAAUGACCAUUGCUAUGCUUCUUUCAAAUACUCUCAGCUCAGCAAAAAGGAUGCACAAUUUCAGCUGAUAAUAGUGUUGAUAGUUUCAGAUUAGGAAGGUAGAAAGCAAUUUACAUGUUAGCCCGAUUGCUUUGCUACACCUUAUUUUUGCCCCCCUAACUGUAACAGCAACAAAUAACAAUCCAAGAGAAGCAGCACAAUCGAUAAUCAUUUGGGGCACCUUAUUGAUCUCAAGUGCUAAGAAGUAGAGGUUUUUGUAGGUUUAACUCCAUCUUCACUCUGCAACAUUUGCCCAAUACAUGUUGCAUGCAUCUAAGCCUAUUUGUUGUAAUACAAAAUUUGAUUUAUGAUAAUCGUUUCAUAGAAUAUGUCAUAUAUCUAUAGCAGGGGAUUUACAAA